AUGGAAGUUCAAGGUGCAGGCAAGGGUGGUGGCUACGGAGGAAUAGAGGGCGGCGCAAACGGCGGAGGGAAGGAAGUGAUGGUGGCGAAUAGAAGAAGAUUGAGGGGUUGGGAUUUUGUUUUGAGGUUUUUGGCUUUGGGACUGACACUUGUGGCGGCUGUACUCAUCGGAGUUGAUAAGCAGACAAAGAUGGUUCCGUUCACGUUGGUGCCGACGCUGCCGCCUGUGAAUAUUCCGGUCACCGCCAAAUGGCAUCACAUGUCUGCGUUCGUGUACUUUGUGGUGGCAAAUGCAAUAGCAUGUUCAUAUGCAGCUAUAUCAUUGAUCUUAACAUUGGCAGGAAAGAAAGGUCUAACGGUGGUGAUAAUCAUAUUUGACCUAGUUAUGGUGUCGCUGCUCCAUUCAAGUGGUGGUGCCGCCUUGGCCGUGGGUCUGCUCGGCUACGAAGGCAAUUCACACGUGCAGUGGAAGAAGGUGUGUGGUGUGUUCGGAAAAUUCUGCAACCAAGCGGGGUAA